UUCAACGAUAUUUUGCGGUCGCAGUCGACGUAGCGCUGUCACCGCGACGGCAGUUAACUUCUCGCUGUUAACGUGGCUAUAAUUGCAAGACGCAAGAAAGCAGUUUUAAUUGUUGUAAACAAGCGCGCCUGGUCGGUUCAUUUGGCUAAACAAUAACAAUCGGCCAAGAGUUCUCCGCGAGUUGUUCAAUCAUUAGUUAUUUGUUGAUAAAGGUCGUGAAAAUUAAAUGGAAAACCCAAAGCGAUUGGCGCCAAAUAUUUGUCUCAUACUUCAUACAGCUACUUCAAAUAAGCAGUAAAAAUUAAUUGAAACAUAUAACUAGAAGUGUAAACUAAAUGAAAAUGAUUUAAAAAUGGGUUUAUAAAAUCAAUGAGAGCGGCCUGUAUCUAUCUGCGAGAUACAGAUACAGUUUUCAACAAAACCCGCACAAGAUGCGUGAGGCGAAUUAACACCGAUGCGUUAACACAAUUAGUUGAAAAGUGAAAAACCGCGUAGAGCAGAAGCUGGAGAUUAAAUAAAAUAAAAUCUAUAUGCCAAUCGGGAGUGUCGACAAAAAGCGGGCCAGCAAAUUUGCAACUUUACACUCGACGCCCGUUUUCAGUCGCGCAAUGAAGCUCCAGCAUCGCGGCUGAGUUCAAGAAAGAAAUAUACAACGACUAAGUGACGAAUAACUACUACAGAAUAUAGUUAGAAUAGAGCUCCGAAACAUGGCUGAUUUAUUAAAGGCUCUGAAUAUUACGGGCAACCUGCUGGCAGGCCUCGAAGAUGCCGGCAAUCUGACGAUUGCAACUGCCACAGCCACAACUUUAAGUGAAGGCCUUAAUGGCAAUGCGACGACCUUGGACGCCGCAGCAUCCACCAAUAGUGGCGAAAAACUCGAUCUGGGCGGCUUCGAUCUGCCCGGCAACUACUCCAUACUCAUUAACAAACUGGAGCAGCUGGCCCUGGGCUUGGACUCGGCCUUGGGAAAUUUCACCAUCGAUCGCCAGGAGGUCGAGAUCAAUCUGAGUGGCGCCGCCUCGGCCAACGACGUUGCCGAUGUGGCCGACGAUCUCUUUGAUGUCCUGCCAGCCGCUCGGGCACCGCCGCCGCACAUAGCGCACGGAUCUAGGAUAUAUACGGGCGACGAUGGCCAGGACUUUGCCCAUGUGGUCAGCGAUAUCUGGAUUGGGGUCAUCCUGACGCUGCUCAUCGUCUUUGUGAUUUUCUUCAUUUGCGCCUGCUUCGUUUACCACAAGUUCCAGCAGUGGAAGAAUUCAUACCGUGCCAACCACAGCGAUCCAACCAUCGAGAUCUGCCGCCGCUGUCCGCCGGACUACGAGGCGGAGUCGCUGCCCUCGUAUACGAUUGUGUCCGGACUGCCCACGUACGACGAUGCCUUGGAGGAGUUCCGGAAGGCGGGCAUCAUCCUGACCCCCGCCAUGGUGCCCAUCAUCAAGAUCUUCGAGUGCAACGAGACCGGCAAGGAGCAGGCCGUGGGCUACAGCCUGGUGGAGACGAACAUGGCGAGUGCUGAUGCUGCAGCGGAUAAUGUGUCGCUGGCCUCGACCACCUGCAAUUGUGGCAACUCCUCGCCCACCUCGUCGCUGCCCAGUUACAGUGCCGCCACAGCGGCUGCGAUGGCAGCGGCGGCGGCGGCAGCUGCUCCUCCCCAGGUGAUCGAACUGUCGCCGGAGCAUCUGGCCUCCUUGUCCCAGAAGCGUCUCUCCCUGCAGAUCUCAUUCAAUAACUCGGUGCGCCGGCAGUCGCCGCUCAGGAAUCAUCUGCUCAGAUCCCGGGCGGUGGGAAACACCGCCGGAGUGGGUCCAUCGGAGGCAGCCGGUCCUGCCAUUCACGGUACAGGAGCUCACGGAGUCCAUGGCGGCGGAAGUACCACCAUCCUGCCCGUCCUGCAUCGCUCCUCCUCCACGAUUUCACUGUCCAACGAGCGCCAGUUGCUGGACCAACGCCUCAGGCAUCUGCAUCACCGCGGUUCCCUCUACUGAGAACCCAUAUAGAGCAUUUAAGCUGCCUGACUAAUCCUUCCUAGAGGGUAUUCCCUACGUUAUGCAUAUCCCAAGAGUUGUUAGUUGUAAGACACGGACAUAAUAAACAUGCGUUGUUUUGU